GUCAUGGUGGAUCAGAGUCCGUUGAUGGAGGCUCUGAGCGGGGUGACUCUGUACGGUCUCUCGGUGCCGCUGCUUCACAUCCAGGACGGAUCAGACCAGGAGGAGAGGAAGCAGGAGACCGGGAGUGUUCUACAUCAGAUCAUGACCAUCACGGAGCAGAGUCUGGAGGAGGCGCAGGCAAAGAAACACGGGUUGAACUGUCACAGGAUGAAGCCGGCUCUCUUCACUGUCCUCUGUGAAAUCAAAGAGAAAACAGGUCUGAGUAUCCGCGGGGUGCAUGAAGAAGAGCCUCCAGACGCUCAGCUGAUCCGACUGGACAACAUGCUGCUGGCAGAGGGGGUGUCGGGACCGGACAAGGACGGUGGAGCAGCGCUGGCUGCGGCGGGCGGAGCGACUGAUAACUCCAUUGAACACGUCGACUACAGAGCCAAGCUGACACAGAUCAGACAGAUCUAUCACACAGAGCUGGAGAAAUAUGAACAGGCGUGCAGUGAGUUCACCGCCCAUGUGAUGAACCUGCUGAGGGAGCAGUCUCGGACUCGACCCAUCUCACCUCGAGAGAUCGAGCGCAUGGUGAAGAUCAUCCACAGAAAGUUCAGCUCCAUCCAGGUGCAGCUCAAACAGAGCACCUGUGAGGCCGUCAUGAUCCUGCGCUCAAGGUUCCUCGAUGCCAGACGAAAAAGGCGAAACUUUAGCAAACAGGCCACAGAAAUCCUGAAUGAAUAUUUUUACUCACACCUGAGCAACCCGUACCCCAGUGAGGAGGCCAAAGAGGAGCUCGCUAAAAAGUGCAGCAUCUCCGUUUCACAGGGUGGGGGGAGCUGCAUCACAGUGUCUCAGGUUUCUAACUGGUUCGGAAACAAGAGGAUCAGAUAUAAGAAGAACAUCGGGAAGUUUCAGGAGGAGGCGAAUCUGUACGCAGCCAAGACGGCGGUGUCAGUAGCUCAGACUGUGGCUGACGUCUCUCCAGACACAAAAUCCUCAGGUUCUUUAAAGCUCAAAAACUCCAUGUUCACCAGCAUGCCGAGGGUUAAUGGGCUCCCUAACUGCCGGGCUCAAGUUGGAGCAGGUGUACUUUCACAGGCAGAUACCAUUCACCAUGCUAUCAGUCUGACAGGGUUCAGUGAUCUUGGCCUCAGACAACCGUUGUACGGCUCUCACGGCCUUAAUGUGAACGUUGGCUGGCACGAUGCUCUGAGACCUCCGUCAGUGACCUCGCUGAGUGAGGAACCAGCCAGUGCACAUUCUGAUACGUCAAACUGA